UCAGGGGUUCUGCAUCCUCUUGGAGCAGAAAGAAAACUCCUACAAACUUUGACCAGUGCUCUGCUGGACACUGUUAGAAGUCACAAGACUGCUCUAACUGCUGAUGAGAAAAGGUAUUUAGCAGUUUAUAUUGCUAUAUUAAUUGCAUUGCCAUGUUCCGUGUACUGUGGGAGACCAGAUAUAGUGAAUGAAGGGUCCUGGGUUUAGUAACACUUUAAUGGCCCUUGGUGGGAGGAGUGGAGGAGGUCAGUUGUUAGGUGAGGUUAGGGUAGGCUUCCCUAAAGAGGAGGGU